AUGCAUCAGGAACAUAAGCUCAUCGCUGUAUUCUUGGCAUUGACGAUCUCGACGUGUAUCAGUGCAGUUCCUUUGGUCGACUUUCAGGUUGUUCAGCCUCCCCCGGUACCUCAGGAUGCUCAAACGUGCACCAUACAACUGUUCCAACGAGAUUUUGGGAAUUCAUUUGGAGAUCCAGAAGUCGUCGAGUACACACCCCUUACGGAUUGUGGAGAAGUAGGAUCAUGGGCUGCAGUCACUCUCAAUUUCACGGUCACCUCUAAUGGGACACAAUUCGAUCGUCUGGGUAUAUUCACUUUCCAAAAUGUUGAAAUAUGGCGAACGUCUACCCCGGAACCGUCACUCACUGGAAUUAUUUGGACAUAUAUAAAAGAUGUCACCCGCUUCAUUCCAUUAUUCUCGAAUGAGGGGCGGUUAAUCUUACAGCUUGAUAACCUGUUGGAAACUGGUCUCAACGGUGUUUAUUCAACAACUCUUGAGGCCACUUUCUUUGCAUCUUCUCCGUCAAUUCCAGCUGCCCAGCAAUCUAAUGUCAUCAUACCUAUCUCAGCUGCUUCUGACGCAACCAAUGCUUCUGCAGAUGCGUCAGUAAGUCCGGCGUUCUCGGUCGACGUUACACUCCCCCAAAACACAAUCUCCGCUUACGCAGAACUUUAUGCCUCAGGGAAUGGCGACGAAGAGUUUUGGUACUUCAAUGCUCCCAAUGCCUUUCUCCGUGACCUUCCGUCAGGAUUUACUUUUGGGAACGGUCCUUUCCGAGAAGUCAGAUUACUUAUUGAUGGAAAGGUAGCUGGGACAGCUUUCCCUUAUCCUGUGGUUUUCACUGGAGGAAUCCUUCCCACAGCAUGGCGGCCCAUAACCAGUUACGGCGCUUUGGAUCUCCCAACAUAUGUUCUCGACGUCACUCCCUUUUUACCUUUAUUAACGGAUGGAGGCGCUCACAAUUUCACUGUUGAUGUGAUUUCUGCUGAAAUGAACGGUGCCAUAAACCAAAACUGGUUUGUCUCUGGUCUCCUGCAGGUCGUCACUGCAUCAACAACCAACCCCACUACUGGCAAUAUGACAGUUUAUGAAGCGGAAGAUUUCCCCGUUACAACCGCUACUGCAAACAUAGCAAGCAACGGAGAUGUGAUCAUAACGGUGACCGCGUCUCGUACAAUCCACAUUGAAUCCGACGUGUGUAGUGACGACGUAUGCACUGCAGUCGUCUUCGACCAAAGCCUCAACUACUCGAAUGUUCAAACUUAUCUUGAUGGCUUCAAUAUCCAGAACGUUCUACAGAUGGCGUCUGGUUCUGUUGUGUCCACUCAUAACGGUGUUGCAGUCGUGAAAGACGAUUAUUCCUAUCCGUUUGCCGUCAAUAUCACCUCUUUGAACAAUGAUGGAAGUGUCUUUGAAGCUGUAUUUGACCACUCAUACGAUCGAGUGUUGCUCCCUGCUCCAUUCAUAUUAGGUUCGACUAUCCAGGAAAGACAGAUAGCGGGUGGAUUUUUCGAAGAGUCAUCUUCUGGAAACACAGGCAAUGGGACGUCGAAUAACACAUUCUCAUAUGUUGACACUGCAGGCAACACCUUUUCUCGGACUGUCAGAGCAGCUCUCAACAACAUCACUUUCGACUCGAUUUCGGGUUCUUUGGCAGAUAUCGAAAAAACGCCGACAUCCAAUGCUUCCCCGCAAGCACAAUUCGCUGCGGUUAGAAUGCCAGGUGGUCGCACUGUUGGAGUUUGA